AUGGAGGGGACCUUCUCAAAUGCCAUCCUUGUUCUAGCCAUCUCUGUGUGGACUGCCUUUGCAACUGAUAUCCCCCUUCCUACAACCUCCAAAGGAGCUCACCUGGAGGAGAUAAAGGUUGAGUGCAUCAAGAAUAUAAAUAAGUGCUGGCUUCUCUCCUACAUCAAGCCCAGUGAACCCAUAUGUGGCAGUGACCAGGUUACCUACAGUGGUGAGUGCCACCUCUGUGCCAAAAUUAUAUAUGAAGGGCUUAACGUAACUAAACUACGUGAUGGACCAUGUGAAAACUCUUGA